GCUGAGGCAGCAGCAUUGGAGGCCGAGAAUGAGAGGGAAGGGAUUGAGAGGAGGAGGAUACAGACUGAGUCAAGUUUGAAUGAUGCACUGAGGAGGUUGAGUGAUGUUUCAGAUUCUGUUGACAAAGCUAUGAGGGAUGCUGACAAGGCUAGACUGGAUGCUGAUGUGGCAAGACGUGAUGCUGAUGUGGCAAGACGUGAUGCUGAAAUGGCACGACGAGAGGCUGAUGCGGCCAGACGUGUUGCUGACGAAUGUAAGCUCGCUGCUGAGCUGGCAAAACAAGCUUCUGACUUGGCAAGGCAAGAUGCUGAAGUGGCGAGGCGUGCAGCCGAGCAGGCAGAGGAGGAAAGAAGGAUGGCUGAGAGAAUAAGAGAGGAGGCCGGGAAGAAUGGGGAUGGAGGGGGGUGGGUGAAGGAACUGGAACGGUUGAGGCUUGAAUUGGAGAUGACUAGGAUUGAGGGGGAGAUUGCAAGGAAAGAGCUUGAAAGAGUGACAAGGGAUGGGGAGUUUGUGAGGGAGGAGCUUCAGAGAGUGGGAAGGGAUGGAGAGAGUUUGAAGGAAGAACUAGAGAGAGUUAGAGGGGAGUUGGGGAGAGUGAGAAAGGAGCUGGAGCGAGUGACGGGGGCUAAGAGGGAGAGUGUGCGGAACCUGAGCGAGUCGUUGGUGGCUUCAGAGGAGCAGAGGAAGAAGCUGGUGGAGCUGCUUCGAAUGGCCGAGAGCUUUGAAG